UCAAAUCACUAAUUCGAAGUGGUUUACACAAAAGUCAAACCUUAGUGUAACUCUUACAACUUAUUACUUAAGCUUCCAACCACAUAACUAACUGUUCUAAUUCACUUAAAGCUUCUAAUUCACUCUAAAGCCUUCCUCAACCAAAGUAACUGCUCCUUCAAAUCAACUCAAAUUUUGAUAUUGUAUAUCUCUAUGCUUCUGAUAGGCAACUUUAAUAACUCCAGAAUCUGUGAUAGUUGAGAUAACCAAAAAAGAUUAAUAGAGUAAACUUCAAAUCUUGAAUUAUUUCAGCACAUUGAUUGAGCAUUUAAGCAAUUUAUUACUCCUAAUCCUUGUAUAGGAUAUAGCAGGUCAACCCCACAUCUAUCUCACGCCAUUUGACUUCAGUGAGGAAAGAAGAGUACUAACAAGUACCACAGCAAUUGUCAAAAUGGAGAUUGAUCGGUCAUGGAUUCCAUUGGUAGAGGAGUUCACUUUUGCAGCUAAUUCGGCCCCGUUCAAUAAUUGUCAUGCUUCUACUAUUGUUGAGGUGAAUAAAGAUCAUUUCUUGGUUGCUUAUUUUGGUGGUACAGUAGAGGGAGCUCCUGAUGUGAAAAUUUGGGUACAAACUUUUAAGGAACAAUUUGAGCAGGAUGGCCAUUGGAAUGCUCCUGUUAUUGCCGAUGAGGAAUUUAAUGUCUCAAUGUGGAAUCCUGUACUGUUUAAGCUUCCUUCCAGUGAGAUACUCUUAUUCUAUAAAAUUGGGCAGGAGGUACAAAAAUGGAGUGGAUGCUUGAAGCGAUCUUAUGAUGGUGGUGUUACAUGGACGGCAAGAGAACAGCUUCCUCCUGGUAUAUUGGGGCCAAUAAAAAAUAAGCCAAUCUUGCUGGAAAGCGGUUCCUUGCUUUGUGGAUCAUCUGCGGAGAGUUGGAACUCUUGGGGAGCAUGGAUGGAGAUGACUGCCGAUUCAGGUAGGACAUGGAGGAAGUGCGGUCCAAUAUACAUCGAGAAUAACCCUCUUAGUGUGAUUCAACCCGUCCCUUACCAGACUGCAAAUGGGACAUUGCGUGUUCUUCUAAGAUCAUUCACUGGCAUUAAUAAGAUCUGCAUGUCGGAGUCCCAUGACAGUGGUUAUACUUGGAGUUAUGCAAAGCUUACUGAACUGCCGAAUCCUAACUCAGGGAUUGAUGGAACAAAGCUGAAAGAUGGUCGUCUUUUGCUUGCGUACAAUACAAUUUCUAGGGGUGUGCUAAAGGUAGCACUCUCAGAAAAUGAUGGAGACUCUUGGCAGGAUGUUGUUACACUUGAGGAGACUGUAGGAGAGUUCUCUUAUCCAGCUGUUAUCCAAUCUAGUGAUGGAUUAGUUCACAUAACUUAUACAUACAACAGAACACAAAUCAAGCAUGUAGUCCUUCAACCCAAGUAAUGAAGUACAGAAAGAUGAGAAAACCUCUCAAGUGAAGAAGGUAUGUAAUCCAUAUUUGUGCCAUGGGACUGCUGGAAGAAUUUGAUACACCACUUAUUUAAGACUGAUCUCACACCUAUUUUGUGAUUGUACUUCUAAUUCUUGAUUCAUAAUUCUCCUCGAAUCAGUUCUUAUGAUGAGGAUGAAGGGCAGCAAUUGUACUUUUUUCACUUUUCUUUUCCAUUUUUGAUGCCUUUGUAUUCCUGCAAGAUUGACCAGGUCCUCGUGAGUUAAGGUUUUAAAUAUGUAUCUGGUUUUCACUGUUGCGUUAUCAGGAAGUACUUGAAAUUUAAGAAUUUAUUUAUGAUAAGGAAGAUGAUCCUUUUAUUAA